UUCACCUUGUACCAGUGUUGUCGUGAAACGAAUACAAAUUGAUUUGAGGUGAAUUUAAGAAAUAUGUAGCUUGCGAAUAACAGAAAAGCAAAGCAGACAUUUUGAAAUUUGCUUUCGUACUUUUUGGAUUCCGGCAAACUGGCAGAUUCAACAAAUCUUGAUUUAGCAUCUUAUUGUAUUUUUUGGCGCAUUAAAGUAAUGUAAAGUGAUUAAAUUCCUGUUGAUUAUGUAAAUAGUUGAAAAUUAAAAGUUGCAUGUUUUGCCUCAUUCCGUGCAAAUAGCCGGAGCGUGCACUGGAGUUCGAGAACUGGAUUUCAAGGAAAAAAAUUCAUACUGCUUAAAAAUAUCAAAUCGUCAACUUUAAAUAUAACGUUAGUAAUUUGAACCUUACACAAUGUCUUGGGUGCCUUCUACCGAUUUUGAAGAGGAAGUGGUUUCUAUGCAACCAAGGCAUAACUUUAUUUAUGGCCAACUAUGCGACCCUGGACCGCAAGAAUUUCAUCCUCGCCCCAAAGAGCAUCUGGAUUUCAUAGCAAAACAGAAAAAUGAGAAAAAACAACGCGAAGAAACUUUGACAAAAUCGCAGAACCACAAAUUAAAUAUUAUUGCGAAAGUGCAGCGCAUUGCUGGCACCAAACCGUUGGGUGAGCAGCCAACCAUCCACGAUUGGGACGACAAUGAGAAUAUAGAGCGAGAAACAAUAGCAAUGAUGAGACAUGUAGGCUUAGGACCGCGAUUAGAACAGCCAUUCGACGAAGAAUGCACGAUAGCCACACAUCCCAUACAGAGUGAUAUAAGAAUAAAUCGUAAUGGUCGUAAACAAAUACCAAUAUUUUUCGAUGAAAAAUAUUUCGAAUUGAAGCCACGCGUUUUAGACUCUCCCUCCUCUUCCGUUGGAACUAGCCCGACAAAAGAGAGUGCAAUAGCACAUAAUGAAUCAAGCGCGUCAAAAGAAAGCAGUAGCAUUGCAACAUCCUGGGACACUUCCAAUGGUCGUUAUUCAGAUUCACCUAAUAGUGGUUUUGCAAGUGCAAUAGAUAUGGUUGGAGAUCAGGAAAGUUUUGAGACCGCAAGAAAUAGUAAUAACGGACACAAAUCGCAGAAUUGGCGAAAAAAUAAAAACCAGACUAGUACACAAAACUGGCGUAAGAAGGACGAUAAUACUGAAAAACAAAGCUGGCGUAAGCGGGACGAUAAUAUUGAAACACAAUCGUCGAUUAAUAGGAGUGCUGAACGCCGAUGUGGAAAAGAAGUUAAUAACCAAAUGCAAAAUAAUAAUUGGACUUGGCGCAAUCCUAGUAACAAGCCUAGUAAAGCGAAAUCAGGUCGCAUGCAGUCACCUCAAUUAUGUUCACCAAGGGAGUUGUAUGAAAAGAAGCGACAAACGGAUUAGAAUAAAAACUAGCACAGUUAAACCCCAAGAACGUAAUUGAGAACUUAAGAGGCGCAAUACAAAUUAAAAAAAAAAGUGAAAAAAGGGUAAUUUUAAAAUAAAAUCUCAAUGGGGUUAGUAAAAAAUGCAAUUGAAAACAAUUUUCAGUGAAAUUAAAUUAUAUACGUCAAUUUAUUUUCAAAACUUCCAAUCAAGUUUUCAAGAUAUGCUUCAAAGCAUUCAUCCCAACCAUUUGGUUGCAUUUGAACCUAAACCCAUGGAAAUAUUUACAAGCAGCAAUAAGAAAAGUAAUACAAUUUUAAGAAAUGUGAGGAUAUAUAUUUUUUGUAACGAAAGGUUUAAUAAUAUUUUAAGCGAGUUGUACCCAGUUCCAUGUCAGGUUUAUAAAAAGUUCAUAUAAGUAAAUUUAAUGCAAGUUUCCCAACGAAUGAGUGAAUCCAGCCAUUUAAGUAGAGCACACUAGCUAAGAGAAGUGGAGUAUGUUUCCACUUGAUAUUUCUAAAACUGAAGAUAUUUCUUCUAUCUCCACCAUCAUCAGCAUCGAAUACAUUUGCAUUCAAGAGAAUACCUAAUUAAAUAUCCGUUAUUGCAUGUCAAACGGCAGACAAAUGAAAAGUUUAAAUAAUUCCUUUAAUUUCUAAAAUUAGUACAAAUCAAAAAUGAUAGAAUGCAAGUUUGCGCCCAUCAGAGAGGCGCGACGUCACACUUGCACACUUGAAUGAAUUGAACAAAUGUGACGUCGAAUACACAGCGAUUUUGACAAAUUCACUGAGAGCCAAAUAGCGGUACCACGAUCGGCGCCAUUUGUACUCACGUGCACCAAUUUUUUGAGAGAACUAAUGUCAUGUAUGAAAUGUUGCUUCAUAGUUAAAAUUUAUAUUUGCCUGAAAUCCAAGUUGAUGAGAGCAUCGUAAGCGAUGAAACAAUGAGCUGUAUGAACUUUACGGCAACAUAGACAUAGCGCAGCGAAUAAAGACUCGUUGGCUGCAUUGGCUAGGUCAUAUCGUCCGAAUGGAUACAAACGCUGCGGCUCUGAAAGUAUUCGCUGCGGCACCAGCAGUAAAAGGACUUGGCUUCAUUUGAUGUAUCCAAGUGGAGCGCCUUGUUAAGUUGCACAAGCUGUAGUAUGGCCAUGGUGCAUUGAACAGAUCGUAGCAAUAGAGUAAAAACAGAAAGGUUAUUGUUUUUUUUGGUCCCUAAAAUGUCAAAAUCUAUAAAUAAAUUUGACAGUUAAGGGAAUUCCAAAAAAAUGUGUCAAUUUAGAGACUGAAUAAAAUGAAAAAAAUCAAA